UACCUAUAAGAGAAAAAGGACAACCAUUCGAUUAAUGAAUAGGUUCCGGUUGCAGGUUCCGGUGGUAGAUGGCGGCAAAGCGCUGCGCUGGAGUUGAAGACGGACAGCCGCGCGCGCGUGGUCGCCUUAACAACGCAGUCGAGGCAGAUGGUAACUGACGUAACGCUUAGUUCGUUAGCGCGUCAAGUCAGUCAGUCAGUCAGCUAUAGCCAAUAUUUAAAAUACAUAUAUAUUUUUUUUUAAUGAUGUGUAGCCUAAACGUUUGUGUUGAAAGUGAGCUGUAGUUUCGUUUUUUGCCUGCCAAAAACGUUUUAAUUCUUUGUUUUGCUGCUGCACCUUGCUUAAUAAAGGUGUAUGUAAUGCUAGCUAGCUAACAGCUUGCUAACUGUUAACCGUUUGACCGUCCCUGUUUGUGAGACCUAUUGAAAUGGAUGACCAUGAUUCCCUGGGCAGUAUGGACAGCUUACUUCUCCAGCUAGCUCUGCAAACCAGGGACAUCGCUCAGAAGAGGGAUCAGAUCAAUCAACAGAUUCAAAUCGGCAAAGCCAAUGUUGCUGAGAAGAAAUCCUACAUCAUAGGGAUCCAGAAAAACAUCAGGAAGCUUGAGGAGGAAUCUCAUCAUAAGCAGAACAUUGUGAAGCAUCUCAAAGGCAAUACGAAAAAUCUAAAGGGAACUAACGGCCUCCUGCUGCAGUAUGAGAAGACGCUGCAGGCUGAAUUGGAGAGGAGACGAGACAACUGUAAUCAAGACAUGAAAGUGUACCAGGAGAGAAUAGAGCGCUACAGGAAGGUUUUCCAGCAGCACAAAGAGAGUUACUGCCAGAACCCUCUGGCCAAGCAGCUGCUGAUGAUUCAGUCAGGAAAAGAAGAGCUGGAAAGCAGGAUUAAAGUUUGUGAGGACCAGAUAACAGCCAAAGAGAAGGCUCUGCAGGAUCUACUAGGUCAAACAUUGUCCAUCGAAAACCCAUUGGAAAGCAUCUCUGGUCUAUUGACGGCAGCAGAGUCUCACAGACAGUCAUCGGCUCAGACUGAGGAUGACCAUCAGUCUCCACUAGACAUCUCCUCCCUCCAUGUUUCCCAGGAUGGCCAUGAGAAACACGGAGAGGGAAUUGAAGAGCAUCUAGAGAAGACCGUUGCUCACCCUCCAUCACAAGGAGACACACACUGUGACCUGUGGUCAUACCCAGAGGCAAUGGAUGGAAUACACGCUUCAGACCAGGAGGAGGGAAGUUUACUAGAGGAACAGAAGGAGUGUCUGAACACCUCCAGUACGGUGGGGAUGGAGGAGGUGAAGGAGAGGGGGACUGAGGGAGGAGACGAACAGCCUACACCCCUCAUUACUGAGGCGGAGGAGAAUGAAGGGAUGGGAGCAGCAUUCUCUCCUCAGACUCCUGCUAGAAUGAAAGCUGUGUCCAGUACCCCAACCUUCUCCCUGAACAGUAGCCACAGUGGGUCACCUAGUCAGCUAGACGGAUCCACAGUGAAAUCCCCAGGCUUCCUGUUCUCCAUGAGCUCAGCUCCUAGCCCCACCACCCCCGACUUCUCUGGCUUCCACUGUGGCUUUGAACUGGGCUCAGGCCAGGAGGAAGAGCCUCCUUUCCCCUUCAGCAGCUCAUAUUUCAGCAGUGAAAAGAAACCGUCAGGAUCCAGAUCGCCAUCAGGCUUCCUGUUUGCCCGGCCAGAGUCGGAGAAGUCAGAAGAUGGAUUUGAGUUCCCCUUCAGCUCUAAGAGUCCUGGUCAACCGUCAACCAGCAGAGAGAAAGGAUCAGGGGCUGGGGACUCCUUCCCUUUCUCCUUUAACUUCUAGCACAUCUUACUGUAAAACUUAAUGUAUGCUUCAAAUGGCACCCUAUUCCCUAUAUAGUGCAGUACUUUUGCCCAGGGCCAUGUAGUGUUCUAGGGCAAUAGGGCGCCAUUUGGAUGCAUCCUGAGAUUCUUCCACUUUACUGUACAUGAGUUCCAUUUCAUGUUUGGUUAUUUCUAGAAAUAUGCAGAGGACUUCAACACAACUCUUGGUUGUUGUUAUGCACUGUAGAUCUGUUUUAGCGGUUGUUAAUAUUUACUCUAGUAAAUAGUUUAAUCAAUUACUACCUUAUAAGAUAAAGUACCAUCUAGACUUAAACUUCGCUGUUUGUUCAUAAAUCAUUUAUAAUUAUUUAAAACUUAAUUGAAUUGAUAUUUAACUAAAUAAAAUCAGAUAAGUUGUGUUAAA